CCGAAAACUGACUUGUCCUCAACGUUCUGCACGUCCUCUACGAUGACUUCCGAUGUUGCUGACCAACGCAUCGUCGAAAGUCUUGCACUGCGACUGCGACGACGACAAGUCGUUGGCUCACGUGCAGCCGCUCUCGAAACUCUGCUUGUAAUACGCCAAGUUGUCGCCAAAGCACGAUUCUCUAAUUUUGAACAACUCGUGGAUAUAAUUCGUUCUGUGGGCCGAAGACUCGUGGAAGCGCAGCCUAAAGAACACUCUGUUGGUAACACUGUACGAAAGGUUUUGCAUCAUAUUCGAGAGGAAUAUCAGACCGCUACCAAAGGGACGACAAGGUCCAGGCCAGAAUCAUUUUCAAUAGCGAAAUUCGUUCUGCAAGGGCAGCCGCGGAAGCAUAUCAUCGUCACAAAAGCAGAAAAGAAAGGCACGCUCAAGGAAGAUGACCCAAACGAUCCUGAUUCGUUUGCGCGGGGACUAAAGCCUGUCCUCAUGGAAGCCAUCCAAGAUAUAUUCGACGAGCUGGAAACUGUAUACGAUAACGUGUCAAAAAAUGCCAAAGACCAUGUACAUUCAGAUGAAAUCAUUCUUACUCUCGGCGCGUCGAGAACUGUAGAGACCUUCCUCAAGACUGCUGCACACUAUCGAAAAUACACGGUCAUUGUUGCCGAGACCGCACCUACCUACGGCGGCCGCGAUUUAGCUGCGUCCCUUUCAUCUGCGGGCAUCUCAACCUUUCUAGUUCCCGAUUCGUCAAUCUUUGCCCUAAUGUCUCGAGUAAACAAAGUCAUUCUCGGUGCUCACGCAAUUCUCGCAAACGGUGGUAUGUUUGCUACAUCUGGUGCACAAAUAGCUGCCACCGCUGCCCGAGCUCAUAGCACCCCCGUUGUCGUCUGCGCAGGGCAAUUCAAAGUCACCCCACUUUGGAAUCUCUACCAUGAAUACGGAGCUCUGGAUUUCUGUGAUCCCAGCAAGGUUCUCGGGUUUGAGGAAGGUGAUUUGGUUGAUAAGGUGGACGUUGUCAACCCUUUUUAUGACUACGUUUGUCCGGAAUUGGUAGAUGCGUACAUCACGAACGACGGUGAUCAUCCCCCUUCGUCAAUAUAUCGGCUUCUGAAAGAAACCUACGACGACGAAGAUACAGUGCUAUAGAUCUGACGAUACAUUACAGCAGCCAGUCAUCCUAUAUCAGUAUAAUUAGAGUAGUGCUAGUGUUGUACACGAUCCAACUAUUUCUUGAGAAUAUCAAAGAAGGCCUCCUGUGGAAGCUCUACCGUUCCGACUCUCUUCAUCCUUCGCUUCCC